AGAAAAAUCGGUGCGUGGUGUCGGAAGAUUGGGAAAGCACUGUAUCGUUUCCGACGAAGAUUUCAUUGAUAUCGUGGUGAAAUGUUUCAGUGGUGGGGGCGAAAUAUUUCAUUUGAUUAAUCGCUUUGUUUACAAAUAAAAAGAUACCGCACAAGCCGUAGAAAAAAUUCAACUUACAGUAAUUGCACCAACUAAUGGAAACGUCGGCAAUAAAGGAUGUUAUACUGAACACUCGUAAGCCAGUUGUCCUUAAAAAUCUUGACAUUCCUUGGAACUGUUUUCAGCAAACACUGAACGACUGGCUGAGCUGUUUGGAUGAUUCAAAUGCAUCGAAAAGUGGAUUCAGAUUCGACUGUGGAUCAUUACGAAACGGUUUCAGGCCACAAUGGGAACGAUCUCGCGGGACAGUUAAUAUGUCAAUGAUUAAUUUUUAUCGAGAUGCUAGUACGAAGCAUGGUCACUUUAAAGAUAAUUGGGCUUCCUACAGCUAUCGGUGUAUUCAGGAGCUUCCGAAAGAAUGCCGAGCUGGUAUUGACUAUGGUAUGUUUGGAUUCUCAGAUAUUGGUGAGGAUGUUUCAUUUUGGAUAGGAUCGGAAGGAGCGCACACUCCAUGCCAUUACGAUACAUACGGAUGUAACAUCGUUGUUCAAACGCAUGGACGUAAAUCAUGGCUACUGUUUCCUCCGGAGGCAAAGCUGCAACGCACACGGGUGCCUUACGAGGAAUCUAGCGUGUACUGCGAGGAGAAUUUUUACAGUCCUGCCGCGUAUUCGUCGCUAAUCGGUGUUGAAAAUGAUUCGUAUCAUGUGAUUCUGGAACCGGGUAUGGUUCUAGUUGUUCCUCCAAAAUGGUGGCAUUACGUGGAGACCUUGGAGUGCUCAGUUAAUUUCAAUACCUGGAUACAAUUGGAAAUUGACACAGAGGAACACAUUUCCGAAUGUUUGACCCGUCUUAUCGUACAGGACUAUUCAAAGAACUUGUCUGCUGAAACCCUUCGGCAUGUCUUCAAUCCUAAUGAGUUAACAAAAAUUGACUUACCGACCUCGUCCGAUCUUCAAACGACACUACAGUACCUGCUAGACAAGCAAGAAUAUAAUAAGCGCCAGCGCCAGGAACGAAGUAGAUAUUCGUCCAAUUAUCUUUCCCAAAACGAACUUGAACAACUACUAUCGAACAACACCAACUACAUCGCUUCAGUAAAGAAACUAGAUAACCACGAGUUCUUUUGUCUCAUGAAAACCAACAGCCAUCGCUACGAUACCAGUUUUAACCGAUCCAGUGACGAUGAAGAGGAAAAUGUGCAAGCUGAAAAUGCGAUCAACCGGGCCUGUCAUCCUGAUCAAAUCCAACUUAUGAAGAACUCACUCCGUGUUUGAA